CUGCAGUUCUCUCAGAAGCCCAACCCAUCCAGCACUUUAUGCUAGAAAGGGGCCACAUCCACAGCCAUGGAUAAAAUGGGUAACAGUGCAUUUACCUUCAGCGGAGAUGAUAUCUCCUACCUGUUGGAGAACAUCAGCUUCUCCCCUGACUACUACAACAAGAGUGACACCUGCUGCUCUGUGCCACCCUGCACCUCCAAGAGUAUCCAGGCCUUUGACAGGGUCUUCCUGCCAGUCCUCUACAGCCUGCUAUUCCCACUGGGGCUAUGCGGGAAUUGCAUGGUGAUGGCUGUGCUACUGCAGUGCAAGAGGUCCCUGGCUGGGACCGACGUGUUCAUCCUCAACCUGGCGCUCGCCGACGUACUGCUAGUGGUGACACUCCCCUUUUGGGCAGUUCAGGCUGUGCACGGCUGGGUCUUCAGCACUGGCACCUGCAAACUGGUCGGCUCCAUCUUCAAGAUAAAUUUCUACUCCAGCAUCUUCUUCCUGGUGUGCAUCAGCUUCGACCGGUACCUCUCCAUCGUUCAUGCCGUGCACAUGUACAAGAGGAAAAAGUCACAUCUGAUGGUGGCCAGCUGCCUGGUGGUCUGGGGCAUCUGCAUCUUCUUAACCAUGCCAGACUUCCUGUACCUGGAAGUCAAGAAGGACUAUCGCCUCAACAUCACUUUGUGCUCCCACAACUUUUCCAUCAACACCUCUCGGCACUGGAAAACGGCCCUCAGCAUGUGCUACCACAUAUUGGGCUUCUUCCUGCCCCUGGGAGCCAUGCUGUACAGCUACACCUGCAUUAUUCACACUCUGCUGCGCUCCCAGGGCUUCCACAAGCACAAGGCCAUGCGGGUCAUCCUGACAGUGGUGGUGGUUUUCUUCGUGUGCUGGACACCCUACCACCUGGCAUUGCUGGCAAACACGCUGAUCGACCUGCAGGUGGUGGAGCGGGACUGUGCCAGAGAGGCCAGCCUGGACAUUGUCAUGUCUGUCACUGCCAGCCUGGGCUACUUCCACUGCUGCCUCAACCCGCUGCUCUAUGCCUUUGUUGGCAUCAAGUUCCGCAACAAGUUCCUGGAGCUACUGGGCCACAUGGGCUGUGUGAGCCACAAGUUCCUGCGCAGACACAUACAGACACCGAGCCAGCGCAAGGACUCCACCUGGUCGGAGACCACUGAAGCAUCCUACUCAGGGCUGUAGGGGGGAGCUGGGGCUGCAAGGGGCAAACAGCGUCCCAAGGGGGCAGGGAAGGGGAGAAAGGGCAGCAAGGAGUGAAACAUUCCCCAAGGAGCAGGGAAGGGGAGACAAGCAGUCACUAUAAUCAUAACCAGACAUCUGUGGUUACCCAGCCUCCUGUGCAGCUCACCACAAGCAGGAGUGCAGGAGCUGAGAGAGUCAGAAUGAGCUGGGAAGAAACAGUAGAAGAUUUCUGAUGGGCUGGUGCGAUCACCAAAUCUCUGUGGAUUGUAGGUGCAGAUACCAGAGGUUGUACACGUGGUUUCUGAGCAGUCCAUGGGUCUGUCCCUUCCCCUAAAUCAGUUACCAGGUGCCAAGUGCUGAGCCGUUUCAGUCAAUGCAGCAAGGUUGCAUUUUCAGGAGCUUCAGAUCAUGAUAACAAGAGAGUCUGGAAGUUUCCUUACUGAAGAUAUUAGUCUGGCUGGAACAGAUGGGGCCAGGUCCUGCAGCAGGGGCAAGUCAGUGCUGCAAUGUAACAUCCCUGGUACAUACUGGCUGCACACACCAAAGGGACUCACUGACCUCCCCCAAAAACAGCACUUGGAUCAGAGUCCCUGACUCUCAGCCCAGUGUUCACUCCUCCAACACCAUCCCUGCUCUCUGCACCACUUAUGCUUACAACAACAGCCCCACUAGGUGUCUGACUGUAGCAUCUAGGAGCUCUAAUCAUGGACACACUGUACAAACACAGAACAAAAACAGUCCCUGCCUCACCGGCCAAUGACUUUCCUCUUCCAGUUCAAGUCCUUGCUCACAAUCAACAACACACCCAGCCCUACAUAACCUCCCUCAAACACACAUACUCCUCACAGCCACACAUCUCCCCUAAACACACUCAUCUCCCGCAACUGCCACUCCCCACUGCCCCCAGUAUGCACACCCAAAUAACAGCAAGGGGCAAUCCCCAUGCUGCUUGUUAGUGCAACAGCCUUUGGUGCGUUAGACCCAUCCUGUCUAACUGAGAAGGUGAGCUCUGUGGAGCCAUAACACCUUCUGCAUUUGUGCAGCCCCCCAACCCCCCCAAUCAAGGUGUCUCGGCACAGCCUCCCCAGACUGCUCCGCCACUGGCAAGUGCUGCAUUAACACUUAAGCGAAGCUUUUUGCUGCGAGAAUAGUUUGUGUUCUCUAGCCAAACUCAGCAUUACUGAGAGCACACCCUGCACCCUUCCCUUCUCUGUCCCUUGUCCCAUAGGACAGGGUUACUCUGCACAGGCCCCCGGCAAUACUGAGAGUAGAAGAAGCAUCAGCUUGUAGCCCAGACAACAGUGACUUUGGUCCCGGUUCAGACUGUGUUUGUAUUUCAUUAACAAAUGCAAACAGGCUUCAGCCUGAGCUGAGUAAAGGAGCCCCUGCAGGUGACUCCCUCCUGCACGCUUCUGGGGUGAACAGGGAUGAUUCUCACUGGCUGUUUGCCCAGUCUUAGGAAGGAUACCCUAUAGGCAGGCAAAGAUGACUCAGGGCUGCUAUUCUGUGCAAACUUCUCCAGCUGUGGCGAAAGGAUCCAGGAAUGGCAAAUGUCAGGGACUCUGCAUCUCUCAAGGACAUGGGAACACUCCAGGAGAGCAUGAUGCUGCAAUAGCAUGAACACAGACACAUUAGCAAUGUAAGGAAAGCAGUGGGGUGAAGGUGAAGCAGCAUAAGAUAUUCUGCAGCCACCCAAAGCCCAGCAGGGGUCCCCUCUCCUAUCAGGGGCAAUCACUUUAUAUUCUAGUGCUUUGUAGCAUUUGUUCCUGCUUGAAAGGUUAUUUCAUAUGACUCUUAUGUUUCACUUUCACAGAGGUUUAUAGCAUCUGGUGCAUUUUAUUCCCAAUAAAAAUUAAUAACCAUUCUCA